AGCGCCGCGACGUGCCCAUAAUAGUCGAUCAGCUGAGCGCCGAUCACAUGAACUCAAUCGAACAAAUUAGUGCUUGUGUGCGACAAUGGACGGGUUUCUGAAAGUGACAAACCCAGAUUUGACGAGUUCGCCCUCGAAUUCGUUCAUUGCGGAUGAGGUGGCGUCGAUUUGCCCUCUGAUAACGCCUUCGCCCCCAACCAACGACCUUAUUAACCCUCUGCCGGAGUCGAACGAGCCCAACUACCAAAUCGGCGAGGAUUUGGCCACGAUUUUGCAACAGCAUGUGCAAGAUGAGGAUAAGUGCGCAGGGGACUCAGCCUCCUCGAGCUCGUCGGCGUUAGCCGAACCCUCGUGCACCCAACUGCUCAAUCACAGGAACAGCACUUAUCACCAUAUCGCCAAAGACGAAAAUACGGCCAAUGAGGAAACCGCAGGCAAAGUCCAGCCCCUGCAGCUAACGUUCCGCAACCCCCCUGAAAACUACUUCUUCAUGUCGUGGAACUGGCCCCUGAUCCGCAAGGUCUCCCUCGGCAUGUUCCUCUCAGGCCUGGUGGCGAUGGUGGCCCUCGUAAUCAUGAUGAUCUCAACUCUGCCCAAAACCUGCGACCCUUACACCGAGUGGUACCAAGGAAAAGUCUUCUACGAAAUUUUCCCCGCCAGUUUCUACGCCAGCGACCGCAACCACAUGUACGGCGACUUCAAGGGAAUCGCCCUCAAAAGCGGCUACUUGAAGUCGCUGGGCGUGCGAGCGAUUCGCCUCAACUCGAUUUUCCAAACACCCAACUACCCCGACGAUUACAAAAACGUGACGAAUUUGCUCGAAAUCGCCCCCCAGUUGGGCACAAUUGAGGACUUUGACAAAAUGGUCACGGAGUAUCUGAAGCCGAAGAACAUCUCGCUCAUUCUUGAUUUACCGGUUUUUCCGGUUUUGAGGCAACUCAACCGGAGGAGAAUUGAGGCGAACUCGACCAACCAGGAGCCAGCGGUUGAGUUUUUGAAACAGGAACCGGAUUUAAUGGAACAGGUUUUACUCCACUGGACGAGGCACGGAGUUGAGGGGUUCUACCUCAAAGGUUUGGAGCACUUUAUUGACGACCCCCACUUGGGGGCUGCCCUGCGACGUUGGAAAAACAUUCUAGGGCCUGACCGGCCCUUAAUCAUCAGCGAGGGCCUCAUUAACGCGGCCCCAAAAAACACAAUCAAUUUAAUUUUGAACAGUGUGGACCUAGUUGACGUGCGACUGGAGAUAGAGAAGGGCCUUUCGGCCGUCACCAAACAAAUCGAGUCGGUUCAAAACGGGACGCUUUUCUCCCGCCGAGGCCUCCCGUGGGUGCACUGGAGCCUGGGGGACGAGUCCCUCCCGACUCGCCUCGCCAAUCUCCUCCCUUACGGGAACGCGACCUUGGGGGCAACCCUCCUCCAGUUGAUGCUCCCAGGGACCCCGUGCAUUUUCUACGGGAAUGAGAUCGGCCUCCAGCAGAUUUCAGACCCUGAAGGCGACCGCACCGACCAGAAACACCUCCACCACUUCACCUUCAUGGCCUGGGAGGAGCGGAAGCCCAGCCAGGUCCUGCCAUGGAUGCACGGGGAGAGGGCGGUUUCCGACUUUGGCCAGGCCAAGUCUGUGGCGGACAUGGUGGAGUUGAGGGCGAAAUCGCCGGCGAUUUUUUACAACUCGAUUUUUAAAGAGGGGGAGAGCAAGGCCAACUCGGAGGUGAUUUUUUCGCGGGAGAAUUUGUUGGUGAUCCAGCGGUGGUAUCCCAGGAGGAAGAGUUACGUGGUUGUGAGCAAUCUAGGGAAUGCGACCAUUACGCAGGAUUUGUCCACGCUGCUGUACAGCGGGAUUGUGAUCAUUGGGCCCAGGACGGACUCCAAGUCGGGGAGCAUCUCCUUCAAGGAUCUUUCGUUGUGGCCGGGGGAGGCGGUCGUUAUUGAACUUAUGUAAUUUUUAGAGCAUUGUGUAUUUUUUCUGUGAUAAAUGGUUAAAUCAUUGAUUGAAGUAUAAAUAAAGCUAAUUGUCUAUUC